AUACAGAAUAAGAUUCAAAGCAGGCCAGCAUUUUUAUUUUUAACUAAUCAGACUUGUAAAUUAACUCACAAUGAAUCUCAAAUGGAUCCUGUUUCCAGGAUUCUUUCUAAUCCUGCUGCGUUUUCUUACUGUGAUUCAGUGCAAAAAGCAGGAUAAGAGCCACUCUUUUUCCGUGGUGACAAUGGUGCCACUUUUGAAGCUGGAGAAGAAACUAAUUGAAAAUCUUGAGGACUAUGCCAAAGCCAUGGAUCAGAAGGUGCAGAUCAUUCGCAGUCACAUUCUAACAAUGCGAUUAGAGAACAAUAAGGCACAAAUGGAUGCUAUAUCGUAUCUAUCCAACCCUCUGAAUGGCUUCUCUCUCAUUCGGAGACUUCAGGAGGAUUGGGUUGGUUGGCGUCAGUACAUGAAUCAGACGGUGGGUGCUACCCAAAUGCGAAACUUGGAUACCUGGUCGAGGGAGUUUCCCAUGAAAGAGGAUCUGCAGGAUGCCUGUGAGGGAAUAUUUCGCAUUCAAAGACACUAUGAUCUUAAAGUUAAUGAUAUAGUUGGUGGUAAGCUUCAAGGCAGACAGCACAAUGUCAGCAUGAGUUCCUCUGAUAUUUUAGCUAUGGGUCAAUAUCUCUUAGAGACUUCUAGACCCGCAGCAGCUGUUCAGUGGCUGAAAGAAGUGUCUAUUAACUCGGAGGAGGAUCUUCUACCCGAGGAGAUUUCUGUUAGGAAAGCAGGGUGGCUUCAGCUUCUUGUCCGGGCCCACAAGCAGAAUCAAAGCUACUCGGAUGCUCUGGACUUGCUGGAUAAUUACCUGGAAAUCAGACCCCAUGAUGCUAUCCUACUGCGACAACGUCGUGAAAUCGAAGGACUCAAAUUGAUUUCUACAUCGAAGGAAACACCAGCAACUGUAUUUCUGAGGGAAAUGGCAACUGCUUGCAAUGUAACACCCAAGAACACCUCUAGACUCUACUGUUUCUACAACUCUAGAACCACACCAUUUCUCCGCCUCGCCCCGCUUAAGGUGGAGCAAGUGGGAUUGUAUCCAUAUGUGCUGCUCUACCAUCAAGUGCUCAGUACUCACGAAAUUUCUUCAAUAAUUAAAAUAGCCACAAAGAAAAUGAAAAGAACUGGAACAGUCAAUCCCAAUUCCACCACCUCUCAGACACAUUACCGAACUGCCAUGUCCCAUUGGAUGGCUAAGAUGACCUCUAAACUGGGCCAACGAAUUAAUAGACGGAUUCGCGACAUGAGUGGCUUUGAUCUGAAGGAUUCUGAGUCGUUUCAGAUAAUCAACUAUGGAAUUGGUGGACACUAUGGUCCACAUUAUGAUUACUUCAACUUAUCAAGUGACCAUUCCAAGAGGAGAGGAGAGGCUAAGAUUUUAGGGGAUCGCAUUGCCACAGUGCUUUUUUAUCUCUCCGACGUGGAGCAGGGUGGAGCUACAGCCUUUACUAAGGCGGGUUAUGUUGUCUAUCCCCGAGCUGGAACCGCUCUCUUCUGGCACAAUCUGGACACGGAGGGUAAUGGGGAUUUGUUGACAAGGCACACUGCCUGCACGGUGAUUUCGGGCUCCAAGUGGGGUGGCAGUGAUGACCGAGUGGAUAAAGGAAAGGAGGCAGAUAUUUAUCAGACCCUGUUUGCCACGCGAAAAGGCAGCCACUCCACCUCGCCUGGGCUGAGGGCCAAAACGAGAUCAUAGACAAACAAAUUUCCGGCAUAAUCACUCUGCACACUUAACAGGAAACCCAACCAGUUCAGCUUAAAUGCUUUUUAAAAUGCCAACACGGAAAGAAUAAAGUGCUGAGUGGUUGAUA